AUGCUUUCGCGAAUUAAAUCACCUUUGAACCCAUUACUCGUGAAGCAUAAACCCCCAUACAUAGCGACAGUAACACAAGAUAUCCUCUAUUCCUUGUUGGACCACUGCUCCAAUGGCAAUCACGUAUAUCAGACUCAUGGGUUCAUGUUUACUCGAGGUCUUGAUCAAGAUAAUCUCCUUCUCAGUCGGUUCAUCGACACUUGCUCUAUCACGGGUCUCUUGGACCAUGCAAUUUCGGUGUUUUCUCAUAAGACGUGCAAGAACAUAUACCUUUACAACACCAUGAUCAAGGCUCUUUUGAGUAAUUCUCGUGUCAAAGACGCCGUCUUUGUUUACAAUGAAGCUCGAGUUAUUGGGUUGAGACCUGAUUCUUUUUCGUUUCCUCUUUUGUUGAAGGCUGUGAUUCGUUUGGGUAAGGGUGGUUUGAGUUUGGGAAGAGGUGUUCAUUGUCAAGCAAUUAGUGUUGGGUUGGAUAGUGAUGUUCAUGUAGGAGUGGCGUUAGUUCGGAUGUAUUCAUGUAGUGGGUAUGUUUGUGAUGCUAAGAAGGUGUUCGAUGAAAUGCUCGUUAGAGACCUGGCGGCUUGGAAUGCAAUGGUUUCUGGGUAUUGUAAGGUUGGUGAGAUUGAGACAGCGUGUGCCUUAUUUGAGAUUAUGCCUGAGAGAAAUGUGAUAUCUUGGACAGCUUUGAUUGCCGGAUAUGCUCAGGUGAACAAGCCCUCUGAAGCGGUUGCUUUUUUUAGAAGAAUGCAAAUAGAUGGUGUGCACCCUGAUGAGGUUGCAAUGUUGGCUGCACUUUCGGCUUGUGCCCAGUUGGGUGCAUUAGAGCUUGGUGAAUGGAUUCAUGGCUACAUAGAUCAACAUAAUUUACGAAAAAGCAUACCUCUUAACAAUGCACUUAUUGACAUGUAUGCGAAAUCAGGGAACAUAAAUAAGGCAAUGGAGGUUUUUGAAAGCAUGAACGAUAGAUGUGUUAUAUCAUGGACAACUGCCAUUGCUGGAUUGGCCUUGCAUGGUUUUGGAAAAGAAGCUCUUGAUAUGUUUUCUAGAAUGGAAAGAACUCAUGUUAAGCCAAAUGAUGUUACACUCAUAGCGGUUCUUUCUGCCUGUGGCCAUGGUGGGUUGGUGGAAUUGGGUCAUUGGCAUUUCAACAACUUGCUUCCAAGGUAUGGGCUUCAACCAAGGGUCGAACAUUAUGGUUGCAUGAUUGAUCUACUAGGACGGGCUGGAUGCCUAUGGGAGGCACAAGAACUUCUGAACUUGAUGCCUUUUGAACCAAAUGCAGCUAUUUGGGGAUCUCUUCUUGCAGCAUCUAGAAUUUAUGGAAAUGUUGAGCUUGGAGAAAGAGCUUUGCAACAUCUGAUCAUGUUGGAGCCACAUAAUAGUGGAAACCUUUCCCUUCUUACGAAUAUGUAUGCUGCUGCAGGCCAGUGGAAUGAAGCUGGGUUGACUAGGAAAGUCAUGAGGGAUAUUGGUGUGAAGAAGAUGUCUGGUGUGAGUUGCAUUGAAUUGAAUAGUAGAGUUCAUGAGUUUAUUUCUGGAAACAGAUCACAUCCUCAAUCUGAGAGAAUAUUUGAAGUUUUGUCCCAGUUAAGUAGAAUAAUGGAGGUGGUAGGGUACAUGUAUAUUGAAAGUUGGAACCUGCUUGACGAUAUUUCUAUUCAGUGUGAUCUUGUCUAAAAGCAGUCGGAUAUACUUUUCCACCAAAAGAAUCAUGCAAGGGGUCAGAUCAAUUCUCUUGGCAUUCUGGGUGAUACAAGAUUGGUUUCGGAGGUUGUUCUAUUAUGUGGCUGAUAGAAAUUUGUGUUUAUGUUACGAAACUAUAUAUACACGAUAGGAUAGGUGUUCGCUGAUCAACAUUCGAUAAGCAUGUAUUUUAUGAUAAGUGUUAGAAGGCAUUUGCACAGGUUAGAUUCGGCACCAUCAUCCUAAAGCCAUUUGUUACAAGUUGAAGUUGGUAUUCUAUCUACUACGUUAUG